GGUUCCCCAUGGGGAAGAGGUUGCUCAGAGUCAAAGCCGAACUCUUCGCAUUGCAGGCUCACCUGCUGCAGUGAUUGGUCAGUUGGACGCUCGCUUCUGAAUCUAGAGAAGAGCACUAAAUUUAAUCGGGACGCAGAAGAUAGAUUGGAAGGUUUCUCAGAAUUGGCGGAACCGGGCUCUGCAAGAAGGAUCGUUGACAGCUCUCGUCGUGCUUCAAAGAUGACAGGGGUUGACGGAGCGAAGUCUGCACAGCCUAUCGCCAAGGAUGCCAAGAUCUAUGUCGCUGGCCACCGGGGCCUUGUGGGGGCGGCCAUUGUCAGGAGGCUGCAACAGGAGGGGUACAAUAAUCUGGUCAUGAAGACGCACAAGGAGCUCGACCUGAAGCGGCAGGCGGACGUUGAGGCUUUUUUUGAGGCGGAGAAGCCGGCUGUGGUUGUGAUCGCUGCGGCGAAAGUAGGGGGGAUCCUUGCGAACAGCACAUACCCUGCUGACUUCAUUGCUGACAACAUCAUGAUCCAGACCAACUUGAUCGACAGCGCCUACAAGAGCGGUGUCAAGAAGCUGCUCUUCCUUGGCUCCUCGUGCAUCUACCCAAAGUUCGCCCCCCAGCCAAUCAAGGAGGACGCUCUCCUGACCUCCCCCUUAGAGCCAACGAACGAGUGGUAUGCGAUCGCAAAGAUUGCGGGGAUCAAGAUGUGCCAGGCAUACCGCAUCCAGUAUGGCUUUGACGCCAUCUCAGGCAUGCCCACCAACCUGUACGGCCCCCACGACAACUUCCACCCCACCAACUCCCACGUCCUCCCCGCGCUCAUCCGGCGCUUCCACGAGGCCAAGCGCGACGGGCUCAAGGAGGUCGUCUGCUGGGGGACCGGGUCCCCGCUGCGCGAGUUCCUGCAUGUGGAUGACCUGGCGGACGCGACGGUGUUCCUGCUCAACAACUACAGCGACUUGGAGCACGUCAACAUGGGCAGCGGCUCCGAAGUUACCAUCAAGGAUUUGGCCGAGCUUGUAAAGGAGGUGGUUGGCUAUGAAGGGGAGUUGAAGUGGGAUACGACCAAGCCCGACGGGACCCCACGAAAGCUCAUGGACAACUCAAAGAUCGCCGGUCUUGGUUGGACCGCCAAGAUCUCCUUGAAAGAGGGUCUCACCGGUACAUAUCAGUGGUAUUUGGAGAAUUACGUGAACGGAAACAUGGUACCUCAAAGCCACUAGGCUCUACUGUCGACUAGCCACUGCUUUAGGUUCCAGGAACUUUCGAUUAAUUGUGAAGUCGGUCAGGACCGUAGCGAAGCCAAUCUGGUGUGAACAGUGGCUUGAAGUGCCUGGGCCCCUAGAACUUCUCCUCUUACACAAUUACUGGCAUGAUUUGUGAAGCAGAGUUCUGACACCGGCAAAUCGUUACAUGACUGAUAUAAACCCAGAUUCUGAAAUGGUACUACUACUUGACGGUUGCAAAUACACAUUCCAACGAACUUGUGGUUGGCAACUUGAGUUACCGUACCUACUCCGUUG